AUGAGUAAGGAAGGAGGAGAAUCACAAGAGGUCGACAUGAAAUUCUUCAUCAAGGCUGUUAAUGACCAAUUUAAAUUUCUGAAUGCGAGAUUGAAUGAUUUGGAGUUCUCUUCCGCUUCUAAAUCACAUAGAAGACAUGAGUUCGAAGAAGUAGACGAAGCUGAUUCCAAAGUGGAGAAAACAAGUUAUAAACGGGCCAAGAAGGUUGACUCCAAAGGAGAUAACAAUAUAGGCAGUAUAGAGAUGACAAUUCCGACUUUUCAAGGAAAGAAUGAUCAUGAGCUAUACUUGGAGUGGGAAAGAAAGGUUGAACACGUAUUUGAUUGUCAUAAUUACUCCGAGGAGAAGAAAGUAAAGCUAGCAACCGUGGAGUUUACAGAUUAUGCAGGUAUAUGGUGGGAUCAAUUGGUGAUCAAUAGGCGCAAGAAUGGUGAGAAGCCAAUUCAGUCAUGGGAAGAGAUGAAGUUGGUGAUGCGCAAGAGAUUUAUACCGAGCCAUUACUAUAGAGAUUUGUAUAAGAAGUUGCAAGGACUGGUUCAAGGUUCCAUGAGUGUAGAUGAUUAUUAUAAGGAGAUGGAAAUCGCCAUGAUUAGAGCAAACAUAGAAGAAGACAGAGAAGCAACAAUGGCUAGAUUCAUUGCCGGAUUGAAGGAGAUUGCUGACGUGGUUGAGUUGCAACAUUACGUAGAAAUGAAGGAGCUACUGCACAAAGCCGUUAAAGUGGAGAAGCAAAUCAAGUCCAAGAGGUUCAGAUCUGGUAAACCCGAAACUAAAACUCUUACUAAGUCACGUGAUAUUAAGUGUUUUAGGUGUCAAGGAUUCAGACAUAUUGCUUUCGAAUGCCCAAACAAAAAGGUUAUGGUUCUACGGACAAAUGGAGAAGUCGAAAGUGCUAGCUCAAGUGACAAUGAGAUGCCACCAUUGGAGGAUUGUUCUGAUGUUGAAGUGGAAGAACUUGUGCAUGGUGAUUUACUUGUUACAAGGAGAGCCCUAAGUAUACAGCCUAAGGAUGAAAGAGAUGAGGAGCAAGAGCAUAUUUUUCACACAAGAUGCCACGUGAAGGAUAAGGUAUGUACGUUGAUUAUUGAUAGUGGGAGUUGUACUAAUGUUACUAGUACUUUGUUGGUAGAAAAGUUGAAUUUGAAGUGGGAGAAGCAUCCUAAACCGUACAAGCAACAAUGACUGAAUGAUUGUGGAGAAGUGAAGGUAAACAAGCAAGUUCAGGUUCCUUUUUCAAUUGGCAAGUAUGAAGAUGAGGUUCUUUGUGAUGUGGCACCGAUGUAUGCUGGUCAUAUAUUACUUGGCCGAUCGUGGCAGUUUGACAGGAGGAUGUCGCAUGAUGGGUACAAAAAUCGUUAUUCUUUUGUAAUGAACAACCGAAAAGUUGUACUAGCCCCUCUCAAACCUUUGCAAGCUUAUGAGGACCAAAUUAGGAUAACAAGAGACAAGAAGGAGAGAAACAUAAAAGAAUGUGUACUUGUUGAAAAACGUGAGGUUAAGAGUGUAAUGAUGGCGAGGCAAGAAGUACUUGUACUUAUGUACAAGGAUGUUUAUCUUUCUAUUAACGACCUUAACUCAUCUUUGCCUAGUGUUGUUGUGUCUUUAUUGCAGGAAUUUGAGGACCUAUUUCCUGAGGAGAUUCCCCAUGGAUUACCUCCUUUAAGAGGAAUUGAGCAUCAAAUAGACUUUAUACCUGGUUCCGCCAUACCAAAUUGACCUGCUUAUAGAGCUAAUCCCGAGGAAACGAAGGAGAUACAAAGGCAAAAAGAUGGAACAUAGCGCAUGUGUGUGGAUUGUCGGGCUAUUAACAAGAUAAUGGUAAAGUAUAGACAUCCUAUCCCCAGAUUAGAUGAUAUGCUUGAUGAAUUACAUGACUCCCAAUUGUUUUCUAAAAUUAAUUUAAAGAAUGACUAUUAUUAGAUUCGCAUGAAAGAGGUAGAUGAAUGGAAAACUGUAUUUAAAACUAAAUAUGGAUUGCAUGAGUGGUUAGUAAUGCCUUUCAGUUUAACUAAUGCACCUAGUACAUUCAUGAGGUUAAUGAACCAUGUCUUGCUUUCUUUUAUUGGAAAAUUUGUGAUAGUUUACUUUGAUGAUAUUUUAGUUUAUAGCAAAAAUUUGGAUGAACAUGUGAAACACUUGCAUGCUGUGUUUAGGGUGUUGAGAGAGCACCAAUUGUACGCUAAUCUUAAGAGGUGCACGUUUUGCAUGAAAUCUGUUGUGUUUCUUGGAUUUGUUGUUAAUUCGCAGGGUAUUAUUAUUGAUGAAGAAAAGGUAAGGACAAUAAGGGACUGGCCUACACCUAAGAAUGCGAACGAGGUGAGAAGUUUCCAUGGUUUAACAAGUUUUUAUCGAAGGUUUGUUAAAGAUUUUAGUUCUAUUGCUGCACCUUUGAAUGAACUUGUUAAAAAAAAUGUUGUUUUUAAGUGGGAUGAUGUGCAUGAUCGGGCUUUCAAAACUUUGAAAGAUAAGUUAACUAAUGCACCUUUCUUGUGUUUGCCUAACUUUGAUAAAACUUUUGAGAUAGAAUGUGAUGCAUCAGGGAUUGGAAUAGGAGCUGUUUUGAUGCAGGUUUUCAAACCAAUUGCUUAUUUGAAUGAAAAGCUAAGUGGGGUAGCGUUGAAUUAUCCUACUUACGACAAGGAACUUUAUGCGUUAGUGAGAAGUCUUCAAACAUGGCAGUAUUACUUGUGGCCGAGGGAAUUCAUCAUUUAUUCCGAUCAUGAGAGCUUGAAGUUCUUGAAGACCCAAGGUAAGCUUAAUAAAAGACAUGUUAAGUGGUUGGAGUUCAUAGAAACGUUUCCUUAUGUAAUCAAAUACAAGCAUGGGAAGGAAAACGUUGUUGCUGAUGCAUUGUCUAGGAGGUACGUAUUACUUACUUCAUUGCAAACUAAAUUACUUGGUUUUGAAUUGCUUAAGGAUUUGUAUGCGAAUUAUUUUGAUUUCAGCCAAGUAUGGAAUGCAUGUGAUAAGUGUGUGUUUGGUGAUUUUUAUAGGCAUGAAGGAUUUCUAUUCAAGAAAGAUAAAUUAUGUGUGCCUAUUUGUUCUAUUCGUGAGUUGCUUGUUAGGGACAGCUAUGGGGGAGGUUUGAUGGGUCACUUUAGUGUUCUAAAGACUUUAGAUAUAUUACGGGAGCAUUUUUAUUGGCCUCAUAUAAAGCAUGAUGUGCAAUCUGUUUAUGAUAAGUGCAUUACAUGUAGGCAAGCAAUAUCUAAAGUUAGACCGCAUGACUUGUACACCCCUUUACCUGUACCUAAUCAACCUUGGAUUGAUAUAUCUAUGGAUUUUGUUUUAGGAUUACCAAGGACCUAAAGAGGCAAGGAUAACAUAUUUGUUGUAUUUUCUCCUUUUGAAUUUGUUUAUGUCUUUAAUCCUUUAACAUUUUUUGAUAUUUUACCUUUGCCUCCUAAUGAACAUGCUAAUCUUGAUGGUAAGAAAAAGGCAAAUUUUGUGAAGGAUUUACAUGCCAAAGUUCGGGCCAACAUUGAAAGGAAGAAUGAGCAAUAUGCUAAGCAAGCCAAUAAGGGGCGUUUGAAGGUUGUCUUCCAACCUAGAGAUUGGGUUUGGGUGUACAUGCGUAAGGAGAGGUUUACCACACAAAGUAAAUCAAAAUUGUAGCCUAGAGGAGAUGGACCUUUUCAAGUCUUGGAGCGGAUCAAUGAUAAUGCCUACAAGCUAGAUUUGCCAAGCGACUAUGGUGAUUUGAGGACGAAUCCUUUCGAAGAGGAGGGGAAUAAUGGAGAUUGA